AUGGUGUUGCUUUCGGAUUCCUCCGAAAUAAGCUCUCCGGACGAGUCGGAAAGCGAGAAUGAUUUUGAUGAUACUGGCAUUGCCGACGCUGAAGCUGAUACCGAAGCUGAUGCCGAAGCUGAUGCCGAAGCGGAAGCCGAAGCGGAAGCCGACGAAACGCCUCUACCUCCUUCGAAGCGCCAGAAGCUUGGCGACGGCUCGAGAGCAUCCUCUUCCGUUCAUGUAGAGCCCGAACCAGAACCCGAGCAGGAAUCCGAACACGACCUAGAUGGUGACAUCUCUUCCGAUACCUCAGGCGACGUGCCCAACUCGCCCAUCAACGCAAAACUUGACGAGGACGAAUUCCAGGAGCAAGUCACAGUCUGUGCCUGGGACGGUUGCAAGGCUGGUGACCUCGGGAACAUGGACAGGCUGGUCGAGCAUAUCCACAACGACCACAUCGAGAACCGCCAGAAGAAGUACACGUGCGAAUGGAAUGGGUGUCCCCGAAAGAGCCUGCCCCAUGCGAGUGGCUAUGCAUUGAAGGCGCAUAUGAGAAGCCAUACUAGAGAAAAACCUUUCUAUUGCUACCUGCCCGAAUGUGAUCGCGCUUUUACGCGAUCCGACGCCCUCGCCAAGCACAUGCGAACAGUCCACGAGACAGAAGCCCUGCGGCCGUCUGAUCCUGUCCCCAAAUCGAUGCAGUAUCACGCCGGCGAGAAGAGGGGCAACAAGCUCAAGAUCAUAAUAAAGACGCCCCAGUCUCAUGCAGCUGGACAAGACGACGCUGUCGACGACGGUGAACCCUCUGAGGAUGUUGCCGCCGACUUCUUUACCCCCCUCACAGAGCAACAAGGUUUCACCAGCAGAGAGUUGGCAAUGGACAUGAAGUCACUGCUCAGGCUUUGCCGUGCACAAGUGAAGUGGGGAACAGCAGAAGGGGAUAAUUUACGGCAAGAAUGCAUGGAGGCGGAAGAGGCGUAUCGACAAGAGUGGUUGGAAAAGGAGGUUCUACUCGACCAGGUCGCGCAAGUCGAAGACGACUGGUGGCAGCGCCGGGAAGCAGUCCUUGCUGCAGAGGCGAGCAGCAGGAUACCCCUGAAAGGCGAAGCAGAAGACUUCGUCCGAAAUGAUCACGAUGCUAUGGACGUUGCAGAGGCAUCGGAAAACGGCGAGCCAGCGCGACCGAGUCAAACCACCUUCACCCAAAGUGGGAAAGUCGGCAGGCAUCUAGAUCGCUACAUCAAGGAGAAGAAUCCGAAGCCUCCGGACGGCGUUCACGAUGUCGAGGCCAUCCGCAAGAUGCGUGCCACCAGGCGCCGCGGCCCGCGCGCACACCCAUCACCAUCACCACCGCCCACGCAGGUCGCCCGUUCCAAUUCCACCGUCAAUGUUUUCCUGGGAGGCCGUAAGCCUCCAUGGCUAACCAGCGCGAAACCGACUAGCCCUUGCCUCGUCCUCCGCAACCUAUGCAACCACAUGUAUCUGCACGAGCUGCACCACCCUCCGUCGGGAGAGAUGGGGCCACUAAGUUGGGGACCUGAUCUGAGUACACUGUAA